GUAUUCCUCGGCAUCCCGUAUGUCCAUCCCCCUAUAGGCGAUCGACGGUUCCGACCACCGGAGCCUUUGAAAGAUGAUCCCUCAUCGACCGAAGUUCUAUCAUGUAUGGAUCACACGCCUGCUGCACCUCAAACACCGAUGCCUUUCGAUACGUUGAUGAGCAUAGACAUUGGAGUACAGUCGGAAGACUGUCUCCACUUGAACAUUUGGUCCCCGGCUCAGGAUGCAGAUGCACGGCUUCCUGUUCUUGUAUGGUUCCAUUCAGGAGCUUGUCUCAGGUAGCGGAUGACUGGUCGGCAUCAUGUAAACAGUAUCAAUUUUCUAAACUGUGUUCCAUAUGUGCGAAUACAGUGGAAGCGGCAAUCAACCAUUUUGGGACGGCAGUAAUCUUGCACGCACCGGUGCUGUUAUUGUAACGUUUAAUUACAGACUGGGAGCUUUGGGAUGGAUGAAAUUGGAUCACAUCUCGUCUGACUUUGACAGUUCUGCCAAUCUGGGGCUCUUGGAUCAAAUUGAGGCUGUGAAAUGGGUCAAGCAAAAUAUUGCAGCAUUUGGAGGUGAUCCAGAAAAUAUUACUGGUUUCGGGGUAUCUGCUGGUGCGACGUGUCUUAUGGCCAUGUUAUUAUGCCCUCAAGCGUCGAACCUGUUCCGGCGUGUGGUGUUGCAAUCACCCCCGAUGUUUAUGGUCAGUCCUAGCGACUGGGCAUCCAUGAAAGGGGACAUCUUUUUACGUUCAGUGGGAUUGGACAAAUCGACGAUUGGUGAGCUCCGAGAAUUAGAUGUGCAAACGAUUCUCGAAGCACAAACAUUCAUGACGACGUGGCCCAACUUUUUGGAAGGAUUGGCCCCGAUCGGUCCGGCGGUGGAUGGCACCACGUUGUCAUCUACGCUCAUGGAACAUUAUCUUCAUCGACCCUUGCCACCAUCGUAUCAAAGCCUGGAAAUUAUUCUAGGUUAUACACGCGACGAGUUUAAUCUAUUUUUCCCGUUUUUACCCAACUUUCACGAGAUGGACGAUUCCAUGUUUGUUCGCUCUUACUUUACACACGUCUUUGGUCACAAGAAUGCACGUCGAGCGUUUGACAUUUACCGAGCCAAUAUCGUACCUCCAUGUACACCUCCCAGUGAAUGCGCGCGUUACAUGGCUUCCGAUGUAAUGUGUCGUAUGGCCACCCUGCUGACCGCCGAGAACUUGUCACGACACGGCCACAAAGUGUGGCUUUACGAAUGGGACUAUGAGGCGAACGAUGUACAGAACAUCAUCAAGGCCGCCCACAUGGUGGAUGCGGUGUUCUCGUGGGAUAAUCUUCAACAUUGGGAAGACAAUCCUUUCAUUGGGCCCGGCGAUGAAGUGGAACGCGAUCGGAUCGCCAAGCAGAUCUCGCGUGCCAUUCUUCAAUUUGCUAAAUGCGGUGAUCCGAAUCAUUCCGGGAUUCCGCAUUGGCCCGUUUACAUGAGCGAAUCCAAGCGGGAACGGGACGCGUUGUUAUUUGAUCGUCAAGUGCGUGUGGAAAAAGAUGUUUACGAUGCCGGACUCAGUUUGUGGAAAAGCGAACUCAAAGACUAUGUUGUCAAUUGUCUGGUGCCGGUGGCGAAAUCCGAUACCAAGAGCAAAGGCAUCGCACUCACAAUGGAAGAUGACGAUCCAUCUACGAUUAUAGUAAGUGGAUUGCCUUUUACAGUUAGUUUGGCUUUUUCGGUGGUCGCUAACAAGGUUUUUUAG